UUACAUACUUUCUAUGGAUUUUUUCUCCUUAUUUCUUUGUUUUUCUUUCUUGAAAUUUAAGUCUCUUCAGAUUCGCGUGUUGUAGCUUGUUGUUUUCAUUGUUUGAAUUAUUUCUCAUAGAAGAAUUAAAUUUUAGUUCAAUUUUCAUUGUGGAUUUUUUUAGGGUUCCUCAACCCAGCUUAAACCCUAGGUUCGGCCGUACUAGGUUUUUUGUAUACCCGAUUGAAUUACCGAAGUGUUGAUCUGUGCAUUUGAGGUUCAAGAAUUAUUAGUUCUAUUAUUUCCUUUAUGUUUAAUUUGGUUUAUAUGUGUGUUUGUGGAGUUUACUGUAGCUAAAGUUUAGCUGCUUGAACUUCGGAUUUUUGGUUGGCUUCUUUUUUAAGGGGGUUAAGGGGAGUGGGAUAAUUUGCGCACAUCUGACCAUAUAAAAUCCGUCUGAGUGGGAGCCAGAUAAUGUCAUUAAGAUAGUGUUGUGAUGUGUGUUUAAUUGACUAGAUCAGCAGAGUCUUUUUCGGGACGACUUUCUUUCUUCUCUACAUUCAGUGCAGGCAAUUUCCUCUCUUGGCGGUCAUUUGCCUCUGUAGUUAGGGCAUCUCUUUGCUUUGUCUCUUUUUUCAGUUAUGUGUUAUUGUUUCCUGGAUUAUCUUUUGUUACUCAGUUUGUAGGGCUGCUAGUAUUAUUUUCCAAACAAUUUAGGAAUUGCACUGUUAUGUUUGUCUGAGAAUGGGUUAGCAAACAAAUUUAAUUCAAUUUUAGUUGUGAAUUUAGAUACUUCAAUCAAAGAAAGGCGGACCAAAUGGACAAUUGAAAUUAGAUUAUUGACUUCUUGAAGUCUUGUGGAGCAGACCCUGGAAAUUCUAUGGAGAUUAAUUCAUGUUCUCCCUUCUCUAAUGUUCUCUGUGUGAUGACAGAUUCUAUUUCUCCCCAUUUCUUUCCCUACCCUACCCUACCCUACCCUUCCUUACCUUUCUUAAAAUUAUUCAAACUUAUUGGUAGUUUUGCUAAUGAGUUAAGGUUAAUAGCAGGUUGUGAGUAGUUAUUUUUUUUUUUAUUUUUUUUUUACAAUUAUUGCACUUGGAGACCUCCAUGAUUUUCAGAACUCAAUUUUAGGAGAUAUAUGAGGUAUUUUUUCCUCAUCAUAUAUAUUCUCUUACAUACAAUUUCAAUUUCGUUGAAUGUUUUCUCCCAAGUUCAAAAUCCAACCGGCUAGUUUAUUUGUGUGUUAUCUUGGCCGAAUUUUAUGAAUAUUUGUACUUAAAUUUUGUGUAUUAUUGAAUUUUGAAGUUACUUUCUUAGUUUUUAUUUUUCUCCCAUCUUUUUGUGUUCCCCUAGCACUAAUUGUUCUUUGUUUUUGAUCAUACUCUACCAGAGGUAUUAGUGGGUUCUCUUUUUGAAGUUGUGCAAGAUGAGGGCGAUCUUUUGUGGAAACUUGGAACAUGAUGCACGCUACUCUGAAGUCGAGCGGCUUUUUAAAAGAUAUGGAAGGGUGGAAAGGGUUGAUAUGAAGUCUGGACUAUGUGCUGCUUUUAGCGGAUUAUUGUGAUCGAUGACCCUAUCCUACUUCUGAAUAUAACAUCAUACUUGGCUGGAAGUCUGGUGCACUUGUAAAGUAUAUGUCUCUGGGAUUCUUGGAUUAUCUAUAUCUUUCAUGGAUGGAUGAGAUUUUCUGCGUUUCAUUUCUGCCUUGUACGCACGCAUCAUCUUCCUACGUUUAACAUGAGGAGCCAAUCUGAUACGCUUGGCACAAAAAUAUUUCCUGAGACACUCAUUGCUUUUUAAUUUAUCAUGCCCCUUGUCCAGUCUUCAAUUUCUGACAUGUUUCAACAAUUUAAUCAUGAUGACAUCACGUUCAGUAGCAGGAUUUGCAUUUGUUUAUAUGGAGGACGAAAGAGAUGCUGAGGAUGCCGUCAGAAGACUUGAUCGGGUUGAGUUUGGCAGGAAAGGACGUCGUCUUAGGGUCGAGUGGACCAAGCAAGAACAUGACACUCGAAAGGCUGGUGGUUCAAGAAAACCUGCUGCUAAUGACAGGCCUUCAAAAACCUUGUUUGUCAUAAAUUUUGAUCCACUCUAUACAAAAUCCAAGGAUUUGGAAAGGCACUUCGAUCCCUAUGGAAAAAUAACCAACAUAAGGAUUAGGAGAAAUUUUGCAUUUAUUCAAUUUGAAACUCUGCAGGAUGCUACUAGGGCGCUGGAAGCUACAAACAUGAGCAAGCUUAUGGACAGGGUUAUUACUGUGGAGUACGCGAUUCGAGAUGAUGAUAGAAACAAUGGCCACAGUCCUGCUAGAAGGGGUAGAGACAGGGAAAGGGAAAGAGGAAGAGACUUGUCUCCUGAGAGAGAAAGUUACCAAAGGAGAUCUCCAAGCCCAUACCACAUGGAGAGGGGUAGUCCAGACUAUGGCUAUCGUAAGGAGAGAGGCAGCCCCGACUAUGGCCAUGGCAGAAAAUCUGAUGCUAGAGGCAGUGCUGAUUAUGGAAGAGAUGAUAGCCCCACUGAUGGAAGAUACCGCAGUCACUCUAAACCUGAGGGUCGUAGAACUCCUGAUUUAGCUAUGGAUAAAGGCCCUGCCAAUGGAGCAAGGUACCGUAGGUUUGUGUUCUUAUCCACCAUUGCUAAUGACAGUACUGAAUUACUAGGUCCAAUAUCCCUAGGUUUGAAUCCCCCUGUUUCUCCAUUGUUAUCUCUAAUUGUGAUGUUAUUAUGUUGCAUCUUAACUUUUAAUUUAGUCGGUCACCUAUUCCCCAUGAGAGAUCGAGGUCAAUAUCAAGAUCAAGAUCAAGAUCGAGGUCGAGGUCAAGGUCCUAAGCAAGCUGAUGUUGUGAACUUGGUUGUUUAGCUGGGCAAGUUCCAGAGCGGAGCUGGUCACUUAUAUCUGCUAUAUAUGAAUUGGUAUUGCCAAAGAAACAGCUGAUUUCUUGUGAAAAUGUGUAUGAACGGUACACUUAUUAUUCUAGGUUUGAAUUGAAAUAGUGUACUGGCGUGAUGUAUUUGAUAUCCCUUGUGGUAAUUUUAACUUGAUUUGUCAGUUAUGUAUUUUAUUUAAGGGAAAGAUUACCUAGAAUAAUUCAACCUAUUCGUGAUUCUCCUAUAAUAAUUUUAAUUAUUGAUUAACCAUUAAUAAUCUUAACUUUAAGGGGUAUUUUCCAUGAGUAAACCCGGUGAUCGAAUGAUUUGUUAUAGCAAGUUUUAUUUUUUUAAAAAAAAAAUAAAUUAAAAUAAAAUGUCGAAAAAAA